GACGGCUUUCCCAAGCGGCGAAGCUCUAGCUCAGCGGUCACCCACAAGCCCGUAGCUAGAGCGGCCUAAAGCGCGAGCACGGAAGCUUCCGGUUCCGGUGUCUUCCGGUCCCCUGCCUCCUCGAGUCUGGGCACGUGGGGCUCCCUUUGCGUCCGUCCGGCUCGGGAGGAGGUAGGCGAGACGGGGCGAUGAGGCCCUUGACGGAGGAGGAGACCCGCGCGCUGUUCGAGAAGCUCGCCAGAUAUGUUGGUGAGAACAUCCAGCUACUCAUUGACCGGCCUGAUGGUGCCUAUUGCUUCCGCCUGCACAAGGACCGCGUCUAUUAUCUCAGUGAGAGGAUCCUGAAGCUGGCUACAAACAUUCCCCGGGAGAAUCUGGUGUCUCUGGGGAGCUGUUUUGGCAAGUUUACCAAGACUCAGAAGUUCCGGCUCCACAUCACUGCCCUGGACUACCUUGCCCCUUAUGCCAAGUACAAAGUGUGGGUGAAGCCUGGAGCAGAACAGUCCUUCCUUUACGGGAACCACAUCCUGAAGUCUGGCCUGGGCCGCAUCACGGAGAGCACUGCUCAGUACCAAGGUGUGGUGGUGUAUUCCAUGGCUGAUGUUCCCCUGGGCUUUGGAGUGGCAGCCAAGUCGACGCAGGAGUGCCGGAAAGUGGACCCCAUGGCGAUCGUUGUGUUCCACCAAGCAGAUAUUGGCGAGUACAUACGGCACGAGGAGACACUGACUUAAAUGAAAGGGCAGCAAACCCCAAAGACUUUGCCACAGACUGGAACCAUCAAACUGCUAUCAGUCCUUCGACCAAACUGAACCCCUUUCCCUGCCGAUAUCGGAAGGCGUGGCGAUGCAUGUUGCUUGCAGCGAGGAAAAGACUGACAGAACCAUAGUAAUGCUUUUGCAUAAUCCGGUGGAACCACCGUAUGUGCCUGUCAACAAGCUCGUAAACUAUGAGACAGAUGCAGGCCUAGUAGCUCCUACACAGUAAAGACUGGAUUUUAUCUCUGA